GCAAAUCUGAUUGGCCUGCAGCCGCAAAGUUCGACGAAUCCCGGGCCGACGACGGCGAAUUAUUUUUUCUUCACGUGGGAUGUGUGUUUAUUAUUUAUUUACGUGACAGAGCCGAUGCCGACGAAGCCGGCUCUUCUACGUCAAUUUUCGCACAGUAAACGGCGGACAAUUGAACGGCGAUCGAGUGCGAUUGAAUCGACGGUAGAUCGAACGGAUAUUGUUGAGUGAUCGAACAAAUCCGAAUGGAAAAGCGACGUUUUGUCUUCACGCGAAAGUUCUCUCUUUACAAAACGGCUUAGAGUCGGUGUGUUGACGUCUACAAAUCUUUAAUUUCUCAUUAGAGAAACUUCGAAUGCCGUUCGAUAGAAAUGGAACUAUUAACGUAUCUCGCACUUCUCGCUUGCGUUUCGUUCAUCGCGAGUGCGAAUGCAAGUACAUUAGAACCCAACGAGGUGACCAUAGUGGUACUGAGUCAAAAGGAAGGCUACAAUGCGGCCCAUGCUGAUUAUUUGAGGGAAAACAUCUAUGAGCAGGCUGAUGCGAUGGAAAAGAAAUUGCCACACGUCGUACUGUCCCACGAACUCAACAUCAAAGGUUCCUGGACAAUAGUUCCGCUGUUGACUCACUUGUCGAGUGAAUUUUCAGACGUGGAAUGGUUCUUCUUUUGUUUAGAAAACACUGUGAUUCGACUGGAGAAGCUGUUGAAUGUUCUUGGAAAAUUUAAUUCUUCUCAGGAUAUGUGGAUGGGAUACACGCUUUACGACCGUGAACCUACUAUUAUUCAUCAUUUUGCGAUGCACACUAAAAGAUUCAGGUAUCCACACAUUGCAUCUGGAUUUGCCAUGAGUGUUACGCUAUUAAAGAGUUUGUCUAAACAAGUCUCUGAGGGUAAGAAACCGUAUGCAGAUUUUUCUAUCGAUGUGUCGUACGAAUUCGCGACCUUUGUCUAUAGCACUGGUGUGAAGUUAAGUCACGUAUCUAAACUGUGCAUUGUAUCUGCCUCCGAUUGCGCCACAUAUCCUCGAUUCUUUCAUUCUUGUAGUUCUUCUGUAGCUCCAGAAAAUAUUUAUUUCGCCGUUAAGACUUGCGCCAAAUAUCAUGUGGACAGAGUCCAAGUGAUAAAAAAGUUGUGGGCCAAGUACGAUUUAAACAUCGGAUAUUUCAGUGAUGCAGCCGACAGAAAUUUAAGGGAGGCAUACAUUGUCCCGAACACUACUGAAGGACACUGCGCUAAAACUUACGCUAUCUUGCAAGAGGCCAGUAAAAUACUAAAGAAACGCAAUUUCGAUUGGCUUGCCAUUGUCGACGAUGACACUAUCUUCAGUGUAGUACGUCUAUUAAACUUGCUCACGUGCUAUAAUCCUAAGCACCCAGUCGCGAUUGGCGAACGUUACGGCUUUCGUAUGUGGGACAGUCAUCAGGGCUUUCAGUACUUAACUGGCGGUGCAGGAGUCGUGUUAUCGGCUCCCUUGGUUCAUAUGAUAGUAGAACCGGGCGUAUGUACUUGCCCAUAUGCAACUACUGCCGAUGACAUGUACCUCUUUGGACUUUGUUUGUUGCGACUCGGAGUAGAAAGCGUUCAUUCUUUGAUGUUCCAUCAGGCACAACCAGUAGACUACCCUUACGCAUAUUUGGCAUCUCAAGAACCUAUAUCGUUUCACAAAUUCUGGUCGGUUGAUCCGAUUGCUAUGUACACUGAUUGGUUUGCAGAAGCAGAUAGAAUCUUACCGCUUGCAAGUACAUCAAAACAUACAGAAUUAUAAAUUAAUAUACAUAUAUAAAACAAAAAUUUUAUACAUAUAUAGAAAUUUAUAAUAAAAUUUUUUUUAUUUUUGUAUUUGUAAUUAGACUAUUUCUUCAAAACAUCAUUUCUCACGUGCAAUGUUGCUCUUACCUAAAGUAUUCUAAGAGUGUUUAAGAUAUAAAUUUCUUCAAUUAAAAAUUUUUCAUAUUAUUUAAUACUAUACAACAACAAAAUACAUUUAUAUAAA